AUGGAGAAGGGAGGGAGUGUGGGAGUAGGAGAAAAAGCUUAUAGAUCUAGCAGCAAGUAUAGAGGUCAAGAUUGUUCCAGAGGUGUUCCAGAGGAGGAGAAGCCUCCAGAGGUGUUCCAGAGGAGGAGAAGCCUCCAGAGGUGUUCCAGAAGAGAAGCUUCCAGAGGUGUUCCAGAGGAGGAGAAGCCUCCAGAGGUGUUCCAGAGGAGAAGCUUCCAGAGGUGUUCCAGAGGAGAAGCCUCCAGAGGUAUUCCAGAGGAGGAGAAGCCUCCAGAGGUGUUCCAGAGGAGGAGAAGCCUCCAGAGGUGUUCCAGAGGAGGAGAAGCCUCCAGAGGUGUUCCAGAGGAGGAGAAGCCUCCAGAGGUGUUCCAGAGGUGUUCCAGAGGAGGAGAAGCCUCCAGAGGUGUUCCAGAGGAGGAGAAGCCUCCAGAGGUGUUCCAGAGGUGUUCCAGAGGAGGAGAAGCCUCCAGUGGUAUAGUUAUCUUGCGUUGGGGAGCCUGGGCGGGCAUCACGGACACGCCCACAACUACAGGCGUCACGGACACGCCCACAACUGCAGGCGUCACGGACACGCCCACAACAGCAGGCGUCACGGACACGCCCACAACAGCAGGCGUCACGGACACGCCCACAACAGCAGGCGUCACGGACACGCCCACAACUCCAGGCGUCACGGACACGCCCACAACAGCAGGCGUCACGGACACGCCCACAACUGCAGGCGUCACGGACACGCCCACAACUGCAGGAGUCAGGGACGCGCCCACAACUGCAGGCGUCACGGACACGCCCACAACAGCAGGCGUCACGGACACGCCCACAACAGCAGGCGUCACGGACACGCCCACAACAGCAGGCGUCACGGACACGCCCACAACUGCAGGCCUCAGGAACACGCCCACAACAGCAGGCGUCAGGGACACGCCCACAACAGCAGGCGUCACGGACACGCCCACAACAGCAGGCGUCACGGACACGCCCACAACUGCAGGCCUCAGGAACACGCCCACAACAGCAGGCGUCAGGGACACGCCCACAACAGCAGGCAUCACGGACACGCCCACUCGCGUGGAGAUGAAUCUUCCUGUUAUCAAGGCCAAUGGUGCAGAAACUGGCGCUCAGAAGUGCGAGAAAGAACCAUGCAGUCCCAAAGGUCGAGAUUUGCCCGGCAUUCUCUCACCGGUCAAGGAAAGUCUUCAGGAGUUUUAA